UUCUCUUUGCACCUUUACUUUUCUUUCUCUGAUAUCUCAUAUGCAGAUGGCGAACCAUAAGUGUGACGAGUCUAUGACGAAAAAAAACAUAGAUUUUGUGAAUAUGGAAGAGCUAAUAGAAGCUCAAAGAAAAAAAAUUACUGAUUUAGAAAAUACAAAAGUUCUGAAAGCUGAUGGAAAGAAACAUUUAAAGGAAAGUUUAAAAGUGGUUCUGAAUACGAUUAAGAAAGAAACUUUGAUGGAUAAGGAAUGUCUAACAGAAUUAAAACAGAUAAAAGUUAUGAACUCUAACAUGAGUGGUGAGCUGGAACGAUUGAAGAAAGAGAAUGAAAUGAUGACAAAGGAAUUGGCAGAGAGUAAGGCAUUAACUGAUAAGCUGAAGGAGAAACUUUCAGAGGAGAAUAUGCGGAUGACGAUGAAACUUAUUGAAGAGAAUGGGCGGAUCAUAAGGAGAUUUACCGAGGAGAAUGGGCGGAUCAUGAGGGAACUGGAAGGAAGGGAAAUCCUAAAUGAUAUACAGCAGAAGAAUUUUACUGAAGAAAUUCGAAAGGUUGAGUAUGAAAAACUCAAAGAAAAAGUGGUUGAUCUCGAAGAGGCACUAGGAGAUUCGAACGAUUUCAACCAAGCUCUAAUCGUCAAAGAGCGUAAAGUUAAUGAUGAGCUUGAGGAAGCUCGGAAGAAAUCGAUGGAGGAAAUUGCAGAGAUAUCGUGUCUUUACGACAAUAUUUGUGUGAAAAGAAUGGGGGAAAUAGACACCAAGCCGUUCAAAUUCAUUAGAUUUUUCAGAGGAAUGAAAAAAAUGAGCAAAGAAGAAGUAGAAGAGAUAGCUUUGAAAACGUGUUCUUUAUGGCAGAAGAAUGUGGAGGACCCUCAUUGGUAUCCAUUUAAAAUAAUAACAAUUGAUGGAAAACCAAAGGAAGUUUUGAACGAGGAAGAUGAAAAGCUGAAAAGAUUGAGAGCUGAAGUGGGUGCUAGACCGUAUAGAGCAGUGGUGGCAGCUCUUAUGGAAAUGAAUGAAUACAACUCGAGUGGGAGGUUCGUUGUAAGAGAAAUCUGGAACAAAGAAAAAGGUAGGAGAGCUACACUGAAAGAAGGAAUUGAAUUCAUGAUAAAUCAAACAAAAUCAAAAAGAAGAAAAAUACAAGAAAUGGUGGAUGAUGAAGCAAGUGAGAAUCGUGAUGAUGGAACUCUGUCUAUAACAAAAGACUCUAAAGUGUGAUAAUCGUAUGUGUUUAUAUUCAUAUUUAAAUAGACAAAUAGAUUGAUUUAGCGAAAUUAGUAACUUUUUGUUAAUUCAGAAUCUGGCCUAUUUAACUAUGCUAUUUUCACUUUCGGACACUCUUGUGUAUUUGGCUAUAAGUUGUUCACGCUUGUAUUAUCUUGGUGUUAUUUUUACUUUACGUGAGAUGUAGGUUUUAUUAGCAAUUUUUUUUAGAGUGUGUUUGGGA